CUGGCAGGCCACUGGAAAGUAUAUAAGCCUGUCCCCGUAAGAGCGGACCACCAGAACGCACAGUGGAAACAUCUCCGCUCGACACGCCAGCAAACACCCAGCGAGCAGUUCCACUCCCCUCAGGGAUGUCAUGCUCCCACUAUGUCUGCUGAAGUUGCAGUUGAGAAGUUCUCCUUCUCCUGUGCUGCGCGUCUUUCCCAGCGCGAUGCGGUGACCCAGCGGGGACGCGUACAGGUCGAGGCCCUGCAGCUCCAUGACUUCCGGGGGACUCCAGCCUCAAGCAAACCGAGCCCGGUCGCAGUGGUAGGAGCUGUGGUGCAAAAUGAGAGCCGGGCCCAGGGGAGGGCGGAGCCUCCCAGCGGGGGGGGCGCGGCCGCCACCGCCCGGAGCGCGGCGCCCUCCCGGCCGAGGGCGUUCGAGAAACUGCUGGUGGAGAGUGAGGACCAGCGUCCUGCCGCGAAGAGGCAGCUGUCCUCGGAGAGCGCGGCCAGGACCAUCACGGUGGUGAAGAAGAGCACGGUGAGGAAGGAGGCGGAGGAACGGAAGGAGCUCAAACCGAAGGCCCAGCCGGGACCCAAGGCCGCGGCGUCCACGGCGGCACCGGCGAAGCCGAGGCGUCGGAAGGACCUGUUCGCCAACUUUGAGGUCUUCCAUAGGGUUGAUUCACACGCCGUCCGGGCCGGAGCAGAGCUAAAGGAAAAGCGUGUGUAUGAUGUAAAGGCCAUCGUACAGAGGAUCACGCAGGGAGCCAGAAACGAGCUGGAGAAGCUCCGCGCCAUCUGGGUCUGGCUGUGCCACAACAUCGAAUACGACGUGAGCGGGUACCUGGGCCGGUCCGAGAAGCUGAGUUCCCCAGAGCAGGUGAUAGCAGCAGGCCGGGGGGUGUGCUGCGGCUACUCCAACCUCUGUACGGAGAUGUGCAGAGAGGUGGGCAUCGAGUGCCAGGAAGUACCAGGGCACAGCAAAGGCAUCGGCUACAGAUGUGGUCAGAGCCUCCAGAACGUGAGGUCCGACCACCUGUGGAACGCGGUGCUUCUGGGAGGACAGUGGUUCCUGCUGGACGCCUGUUGGGGAGCAGGACGAGUAGAUAUGGAACGCGAAUGCUUCGUCAAAAGAUUUGACAAUUUCUAUUUCCUGACGGACCCAGAAGAGUUCAUAGACUCACACUUCCCAGAUGACGAGAAGUGGCAGCUGCUGGACACACCCAUCCCCCUGCAGGAGUUUGAGAGGAGGGUCUUCAAGACCUCCACCUUCUUUACCAUGGGGUUACGGCUGAUUCAGCCUCAUCACUUCCACAUCCUCACCGACGAUGGCGAGGCCAACGUCUCCAUCGGCUUCUCCAGACCCGCUACGUUUACCUUUGAGGUCACGCAGCACCAGGACCUCCUCCACUGCGGCGCUUCAGAGCAGAGGGAGUCCAUCAACCCGUCCUUCGGCCUCCUGACGGUCUCCCAUCGCAGCAUGAAGCUGCAGCUCCUGCCUCCGGCGAGCGGCACCUACGAGGUGAAGAUUUUCGCCCGGCCCGAAACGGCGAGCGCGCCCCUGAACUGGGUCUGCUCCUUCACGGUGGAGUGCGUGAAACCCCGGCCCAUGGAGGAGAUCCCUCACAACCCCUUCCUGUCCUGGGGGCUGCAGCCGGCGGCGGAGUCGCUGGGCAUCGCGGGCAGCAGCCUGGGCAGCGAGGGCGCCGAGGUGGAGGACGGCGCCCUGGAGCUGGUGCUGAAAACCUCCAGACCUCUGAUGGCGCUGUGUGAGCUGGUCCACCCGGAGCUGGAAGCUGCCGCGGCCAAGCGUUGCCUAGCGACCCAGGUUCAGCCGGACGCGCUGACCUGCCACGGCCUGUGCCCGCUGCGCGGCUUCUACCGGCUCUCGGUGUUCGUGCGGGACUACGAGAAGCCGGAGGCCAAGUUCCAGAACGCAGCCAACUUCCUGUUGCACUGCAAAUCCAAGGUGGCGGCGCCGGGGGAGCUCUUUCCUCCCAACCUGGGCUCGGUGUGCGGGCCGGGCACGCGAACAGCCGAGGCGGGCCUGUCCAAGUUCAGCCACACGGCGGCGGUGGUGGGGACGCCGCAGGGGAGGUGUAACAUCACCUUCUACAACCAGCGGGACCUGGAGCUCCACGCGGUGCUCGGCCGGGAGGAGGCCCAGACCGCCGCUCCGCUCUCCCGACACCUCUUCUGCACGUUCACGGAGACCAAGGUGACGGUGAGCGUCAGCCUGCCCGGCGCCGGGGUGUAUCGGCUGGGCCUGUACGCCCGGCUCAGCCCGGGAGGAGAUUUCAAACCCAUGUGCGACUUUGUUCUGAGGAACCGGUGCAGCGAGCCGGGGCCCGCGUUCCCGUGCGUGUACUCGGCCUGGAGGAAGGGCUGCGUGCUCUUCGAGCCCCGCGUGGGCCUCCUGGAGCCGCGGUCCUGGACCCGCUUCAGGGUGAGGGUCCCCGGGGCCCAGAGAGUGAGCGUGAUCGGGGAGACGCGGGCCGACCUCAAACUGAACAAGAGCAGAGUGUGGGAGGGGGAGGUGUGCAGUGGGAGUGGGCUCCAGGAACUGAAGCUGGCUGCCUGCUCAGGGGAGUCCAGCGACAUGGCCGUUUUGAUGACCUUUCAAAUUAAGCAGUCGGAGGAGGAAGCGGGAAACCAAGCGGCUGCACGGACACCUCUCAAAGAUAGCGCUUAGCUGCCAAAUGAAGUUAUUAAUGGACUAAUACAGGUCAAGUCAAGCUGAGAUAUGUGAAUAUGUAAACUUUGUAGCAAUGAAGUGACGUGAUGGUACAGUAUAAGAAAUAUUUGUUUGGGCCUUGGUCUCAGAUUCAGUGUUAUCACUUAUCAAGGGUGUAUCUGUGUAUUAUAAUGUUAUUGGAUGACGGCAUGCAAUAAACUCUAACGUGAAAACAC